AAACUGUCACUUUAAUGUUGAUAAAUCGAAAGUGAAGGCAACAAUAAUUAUCCGCAAAAUACAAAAAAUUGGCUUGGUUUAUCGUUUUGAUCUACAUGCCAUGACCUGAAACCAUUCCUCAUCCACAUAUCUUCACUGUGGAAUUUAUUGGCACUGCCUGAAACGCAUGAAACGAUAUUUGCAACAUUCAUUUGUAAGUUUACUUUUACUUUAGCAAGUAAGUCUGAAAAUGUCGUUCCUACGGGGCUCCGAGAACUACGUGUGGUGCACGACGAGCGUGCUGGGCAAGGGCGCCACGGGGGCCGUGUUCCAGGGCGUGAACAAGAACAACGGCGAGCCGGUGGCCGUGAAGACCUUCAACCAGCUGAGCCACAUGCGCCCGCAUGACGUGCAGAUGCGAGAGUUCGAGGUGCUGAAGAAGGUGAAGCACGAGAACAUCGUGAAGCUGCUGGCCAUCGAGGAGGAGCAGGAGGGCCGCGGCAAGGUCAUCGUCAUGGAGCUGUGCACCGGGGGCUCCCUCUUCAACAUCCUCGACGACCCCGAGAACACGUACGGGCUGCAGGAGAACGAGUUCCUGCUGGUGCUGGAGCACCUCACCGCCGGCAUGAAGCACCUGCGUGACAACAACCUCGUGCACCGCGACCUGAAGCCCGGGAACAUCAUGAAGUUCAUCAAUGAUGAUGGCACCACCACAUACAAACUCACAGACUUUGGAGCAGCCCGAGAGCUGCAGGAGGAGGAGCAGUUUGUGUCACUGUACGGCACUGAGGAGUACCUGCACCCAGACAUGUAUGAGAGGGCCGUGCUGCGCAAGCCUGUUGGCAAGAGCUUUGGGGCCACUGUGGACCUGUGGUCUAUAGGAGUCACCCUGUACCAUGUGGCCACUGGACAGUUGCCAUUCAGACCUUAUGGAGGGAGAAGAAAUAAAGAAACCAUGUUCUAUAUCACCACUAAGAAAGCCUCUGGAGUUAUCGCUGGUACACAAACAACAGAGAAUGGUCCAAUAGAGUGGUCUCGCGAGCUGCCGGCGCACUGCCAGCUGUCAGUGGGGCUGCGCAAGCUGGUGACGCCGCUGCUGGCCGGGCUGCUGGAGGUGGACCCGCACCGCAUCUGGACCUUCGACAGAUUCUUCUCCGAGGUGCAGGCUGCCACCUCCACCACCACUGUCUAUGUGUUCCAUGUCAACAAAGCUGCGAGUAUCAAGAUAUUCCUGAAGCCCGAGGAGAAGUACAGUCACCUACAGAACUACAUCUGCACGCAGACCAGCGUGGUGGCGGAGAGCCAGAUCCUGCUGUACAAGGAGCGCCUGCUGCUGGCCGAGGUGACCGAGAACACUCCCGGUAAAAGCUACCCAGAAACAACAUUAGAAGAGCCGGUGCUGCUGUUCAAUAAGAACAACAACAAUGUAACGAUGGGCGCAGAGCCCGACAUCCCCAAGUUCCCCGUGUUCCCCAACAUCGUGUCCGUGGAGAACGACGCCAGCCAGGCCAAGACGGCGUGCAGCGUGGGGCACGUGAUCAAGCGGCGCGUGGAGGCGCUGUGCCUGGCGUCCGUGCUGCUGUCGGGCGCGGUGCGGCGCUGGGGCGCGCUGCUGGGCACGCGGCUGGCGGCGCUGGGCGCGCGGGCCGAGGCGCUGCAUGCUCACGCCGAGCGCGCGCACGACGCGGCCAGAGCGCUCGAUCUGGCAGCGCAGGCGGUCAAGAUGAUGCAAGCGCAGUCGGGCGGAUCAGACGGCGGCGUGGAGAGCUGGUCGGCGGCGGCGGGGCUGGUGGCGGGCGAGGCGGGCGCGCUGCGGGCGGCGGCGGCGGCGCUGCUGGCGCGCCACGCGGCCGGCGGCGCGCUGCGGGCUGAGUGGGACGCCGCCGCGCGCGCUGCCCCCUGCCCCCACGCCACCAGGCUGCAUAUUAAAGCGAGGACGCUUGUUGAGAGACUGCGUGACUCGUGGCAGCACCUGGUGCGCGACCGCGCCACGCGCACACUCACGUACAACGACGAGCAGUUCCACGUGCUGGAGCGCAUCACGCUGGGGGAGGCGGGGCGCCGCGCGCGCGCGCUGCUGGCCCGCGCCGCGCCCGCCGCCCGCGCGCGCGCCGACGCCGCCGCCGACUGGUACAAGGUGGCGCAGACGGUGUCGCUGCAGACGCAGAUCCUGGACAAGGACGUGGCGCAGGCGGAGCUGCGGCUGCUGGCGCUGGCCGCGCGCCUGCAGGCCGCCGAGCAGCGCGCCAAGGGACUCCUAGCAGCAUCAAAGUCGGAGAGCGCCCCCAGCCGGGAGGCGGCGGCGGCGGCGCCUCGUGGGCGCGCUCCCGCCCCGGGCGUGGGCGCGGCGGGGGCGGGCGUGCGCGCGCUGCUGGCCGCCCAGGACGACGUGGCCGCCGCCGUGGCCUCCCACUCCGCCCUACUCCACCGCCUCACCGCCCUCACCGAGCAACUGCACUCUUAGCAAUCAACACCACCGGACCCACCCAGUGGUAGUUUAAACAGUGUGUGCGAUAUAGACAUGUAUAACGGGAACUGUGACGCGAGCUUCUUCAAUGAAGAGUAUUUGAUGGACUCGGUGAGUUACAAGGAGUUUGUGAGUAACAAGGGCGCGGGCGAGUCCAUGUAUGUGGAUGACACAACGCCGUCGUCGCUCAGUGAAGGGGCGUUGAGCUCGGGGGCGCUAAGCGGAGGGUCCGACAGCUUGGGGGCGGACAGCUCGGGGGCGCUGAGCUCGCUGGACUCGGGCAAGAAAACGGUGAUCUACGAGGGCGCGGGGCGCCGCGGCAGCCUGGAGCCCGCGCGCCCAUCACCCGCCGGGGGCGGGGGGCGGCAAAAACAUUCGUGCAGUGUCUCGUGAUUGUAUGACUUCAUUCAUGUAGGUUAUUGGGGCUAAAGCAACCAAACUUGAAUUUGAAUUUCCGUUAUUUUAUGUUCAUAGAUCUAUCGUUUGGUUGUUUCAGGAUAGGCUAUAUUGUAUCACAUAUCAAUUGUAGAUUGCAAAAGUUUACAUUAUUCAUUAUUUUAUAUUGUUAAUAGUAUAAUAGUUGACUGGUAGCCCAGAGGCAGUAUUUCCAAACUUCGAUCUCUACUGUUUACAUUCUUACUCAGAUUUAUACUUUUAUUUUGUAAAAAUAAUGUUAGUAAGCUAGAUGUGUUUGUUCAGUCGAUUUAAUUAUUAAAAUACUGUACAUAAAUGUAACAAUUUCUUAUAUUAUAAACAAAACUUAGGUGCUAGUAAAAAAACUGUAAUAAAAAUUACAUUUAAAAGAAAAAAGACAUCAUGAAUUUAAAAUACUUAGAAAUAAAAUCUUUGAAUUUAA